UGAUCGUCCUGAGCCGCUUCGAGCUGUUCCACAUCUUCAGCUCUGCAGACUGCAGGAAGAGACUCCGAGAGGCCAGCAAGGAUCUGGUGCAGCAGAACAACACUCUGAUAGAGGAGAUGCUGCACCUCAUCAUCAUGGUGGUUGGUGAGAGGUAUGUCUCAGGUGUGGGACAGGUAGAGCCCUUCGAUGAGGUCAGAAGAGAAAUCAUCCACCAGCUGUCAAUUAAACCGAUGGCUCACAGCGAGCUGGUGAAGGCUCUGCCCGAGAACGGGAACAAGGAGACGGGUCUGGAAAGAGUCAUCGACAGUGUUGCUUCAUUCAAGAAGCCGGGGGUGACGGGGCGGGGUCUGUACGAGCUGCAAUCUGAUUGGCAGAAACACUUCAACCUGUAUUUCCAUCACUACAGCCGAGCGGACCAGUCCAAGGCUGAGGAGGCUCAGAGGAAGCUGAGGAGACAGAGAGGAGAAGACACAGCCCUCCCCCCCCCUCUCCCCCCCCCUCUCUCUCCUCUCUUCAGUAGCUUGGUGAACCUGCUUCAGUCUGACCUGAUGCUCGCUCUGCAGGGGGCCGUGCUGCUGUGGGCCGGAGAGCCCAGUGGAGGGGGGUGGACCGAGGCCAUUCUGCAGAGGGUGCUGCACCUGGUGGGUCUGGCUCUCCUGGAGGAGCAGCAGCAGCUGGAGACCAGAGGAGAGGAGGACGUCUCCUUCAGAUACAGCUGCAAGAUCACCCGUCCAGGUGAGGCCCCCAGCCCCUCUGGCAGUGUGCUGGCUCUGCUGGAGAGUCUGCAGAACGCUCCUCACCUGGAGGUCCACAAAGACAUGAUCACCUGGAUCCUGAAGAUGGUGGCUAACGUGAAAACCAUGAGAGAACGAUCGUCCUGCAGCUCCACCGUCACCGUGAGACCAGGACAAGGACUGGAGGAGACGCUGCACGACAGAGAUCAGUUGGAGAGGAAGAGGAAGGCGGAGAUGGCUCGGCUGCGGAGGGAGAAGAUCAUGGCUCAGAUGUCCGAGAUGCAGAAACACUUCAUCAACGAGAACAAGGAUCUGUUCCUGGAGGCCUCAGGGUCCACUGCGGAGAGCAGUCCCCCCAGGUCGGACCCCCCCUGUGUGUCUCAGGUGUGUUUGGGCCCCCGGAGGUCAGGUGCAGCGCUGCGCCGUCAGCUGGUUACCUGCAUCCUGUGCCAGGAGGAGCAGGAGGUCAGAGGUCAGGGCAGAGCCAUGGUGCUGGCUGCCUUCGUCCAGAGGUCCACCGUCCUGUCCAAGAACCGCCGUCGCAGCUUACCUGAGCCAGUGCACUACGACCCUCUCUUCAUGCACCCUGAUUUGUCUCUGGGGACACACACCGCCAGCUGUGGACACAUCAUGCACGCCAACUGCUGGCAGAGGUACUUUGAGGCGGUGCAGGUGAAGGAGCAGCGGAGGCAGCAGCGCCUCAGAGGACACACGAGCUACGACGUGGAGCACGGAGAGUUCCUCUGUCCGCUGUGUGAAUGCCUGAGCAACACCGUGAUCCCCCUGCUGCCCCACACACACUCACCUGACCUCAGUGUGGAUCAUCCCAGUCUCGAGACGUGGCUUAAAACCACCAAUCAGCAGAUCGCAGCACUAUGCUCCGCCCACAGGAAGCAGUCUGGUGUAGAGGGGGCAGAGCCUGAGGUUCCUGAAGGCUUCAGAGUGGACUUUACUCCUCAGAACCCCUUCUCCAGCAGCAUCAGUGAGAUGAUCACCACCUUCAACAUGUCUAUAUAUAAAGUGUCUCUGAAGCUGAACCCCAACGAGCAGGACCCCCGAGUCCCUGUGCUGAGCUGGGCCACAUGCGCCUACACCAUCCAGAGCAUAGAGCGCCUCCUGAUGGACGAGGACAAGCCGUUGUUUGGGAGUUUACCGUGCAGACAGGACGACUGUCUGAGCUCUCUCACCAGGUUCAGUUCCUCCUGUUGGACUGCAGCUCCUCCAACAACGGCUCACACACACUUCAUCAGACUGUUCACAGCCCUGGUUCCUGACUCUCAGGUAGAGGACUCUCUGUGUGUCCUCGACAUUGACAUGUUCCACCUGCUGGUGUACAGUGUGAUGUCGUACAGCUCGAUUCACUGUCUGGACCAAUCAGAACACAGGACGGUGGACUCGGCUCACCUGCACCUGCUCCACCUGGUCACUGUGGCUCACCUGGUUCAGAUCCUGCUCACCUCCAUCACAGAGGAGGUGUGUAUGGAUCAGGACAGCGAGGGAUCAGAGGAGGAGGAGCUCACCUGUCAGCUGUACAACACACUGAGGAAACACCUGGGCAGUGUGUUGCCGGAGCUCCCCUCAGGGUGUCAGCUGUCUCGGUGUGUGAGACUCGGAGUCUUGCCGUUCCUGAGAGCCUCCGCACUCUUCUUCCAUUACCUGAACUCUACAGCGCCCCCUACAGAGCUGCUGGUUAUAGGUCCUGGCCAGUGGGAGGCGCUGUGCAGCUUCCUCAGUCUGCCCUGCAACCUGCUGCAGCUGCAAGAACACACACUGCUGGAGACACUCAUACACAGGUGGUGUGUACACCCAGGUGUGCGCCAGGCUCUUCAGGGCGGGGGGGGCAUGGUACGCUUCCCCCGGGAAUCAAACCGACUCAUCGAGCUGCCGGAGGAUUACAGCACUCUGAUCAACCAGGCCUCCAGCUUCCUGUGUCCCCGGUCGGGGGGGGAUAAGUCUCGCGCCCCCACGCUCUGUCUGGUGUGCGGCUGCAUGCUGUGCUCCCAGAGCUACUGCUGCCAGACGGAGGUGGGGGGGGAGGACGUGGGGGCCUGCACCGCACACACCUUCACCUGCGGAGCCGGGCUGGGGCUGUUCCUCAG